CCUCCUCACCGCUCCCUCGUCACCGCAACUGCUUCCUGCCCCCGUGUUCCCUACUCACCAUGAGCUCAAAGCCUGCCGCAUCUGGACGACCGCCAAAGAAGGCCAAGUCUGCCCCAAAGCCGCAACACUGGGCUGUGCGGUCGUAUCUCAUCGUCUUCAACCUCGUCUCCUUCUUUGGCUGGUGUCUCAUCCUCUCCUCUCUCAUCAAGCACAUCGUAAUCGGACCCCAGACGCCCUCCUACCCCAUCACCGUUGCAAGCAGGAUACUCGGAAAGUUCAGACCCAUCCGCAUCUUCUUCACCUCGACCUAUCCCAAUGUUCCCGCGCCGGUGUCUGUGGUGUUGCAGAGGGCCAGCCAGGUGAUGAUGCACCUCGGGGGGCUCGUGGCCUUUGUCCAGUCCCUCGCUAUUCUCGAGGUCGUCCAUGCUGCUCUGGGAUGGGUGCGGUCUCCUGUGCCUACCACUGCUAUCCAGGUAGCUUCGAGGCUCUUCUUGGUCUGGGCCGUCACCGAACGCUACUCAGCGGCUAGCGGUAGCGCGUGGUACGCCAGUAUGCUCUUCGCCUGGAGCGUGACGGAAUCAAUCAGGUAUCCCUUCUACGCAAAUGCUCUCAUGGGUUCGGAAAGCAAUGGUCUUCUAUGGUGCAGAUACACCUUCUUCUACAUUCUCUACCCCCUUGGCGCUGGAUCCGAAGCAAUGCUCAUCUUCAGCACCUUGCCCAAGUACUUCCCCUGGCAAGGAGCUUGGACCCCACGCGAGUACCUCUACGGAUUCCUCUUUGUCAUCUGGUGGCCAGGCCUUUACUUUAUGUACACUCACAUGAUCAAGCAGCGCAGGAGGGCGCUCGGCAAGGGCUUCUGGGGCGACAAGCUUGCGCAGGAAAAGUCGGAGCAGAGGAGACAGGCCAUUCAGGAGGCCGCCAAGAAGAUCAGGUAGCCUUCGAAGAGGCGAUCUCAAAGGGAGGGAAGGGAGAGGAAAGGGGAAGCUGGAUAAAGCUUUGAUGGGAAAGAUAGGGCAUGAUGCCGCAACGACAGUUGCAGGCAGGACAAAAGGAAGGGGGAAAUCCGGUGGAAAUCACAAGAAAUCAUCGUUCACGGUAUCCGGGCACAUGCCUCUUUGCAGGGCAACAGGAGAUUUCUUUGCGGAAACAGCGAUCUCGACGAACAGAUGCUCACUUCAACUAUGCCUAUUCAGUGCUGCAGUCAGUAGGGAUGCAUCAUGAGCUUCAUCUUAUUUGCAAGAAAUGACCACAUCUGCUUUGCAAUGUCACCUUCUCCUCUUUCUCCUUGAAUUUCUAUCGAAUUGACAUUUCUCUCUUCCCUAUGG